GCGCAUGCGCGAAGAGUGUGUACGGAAGCGCGUCUGUAGCAGCAGCUGCUGCACUGCACGGUGAAAACUGCGAUGUACAAACACGUUUUUCUGACCGGACCUCCAGGUGUUGGGAAAACCACUCUGGUCCAGAAAGCCUGUGAAGCUUUAGUGUCAUCAGGAGUGGGAGUGGAAGGAUUUUACACAGCAGAGGUCAGGGAAGGAGGCAGACGGGUCGGCUUUGAUGUUGUCACACUUGCCGGAGAGAGGGGCCACCUGUCCAGAAUCAGGGAAGGCGCUGGCGCGUCUCACGGCGGACGGGAAUGCACGGUGGGACAGUAUGUGGUUGAUGUGCCCUCAUUUGAAAGCCUGGCCCUGCCCCUCUUCAGACAUACGGGGGCCGCCGAUGAGGGCAGCAGGAAGGUGUUCGUCAUCGACGAGAUCGGCAAAAUGGAGCUUUUCAGUCCGCCCUUCAUCAGAGCGGUGAGGCAGACUUUAGACGGCUCGUCCUGCACGGUACUGGGCACCAUCCCCGUCCCCAAAGGUAAACCUCUCGGACCGGUCGAGGAGGUCCGAAGCCGGAGAGACGUCAAGGUUUUCACCGUGUCGAAGGAGAACAGAAACGCUCUUCUUCAAGAUAUUUUAACAACCCUGCAGGAGUGUUUGAAACGGGGCAGACAGAACCAGUGAAGGGAAAUCUCUCGUGCAGUUUGUGCCUGUUUUCGCUGACGCGGACGUCACCGGUGUGCAUAUACAGUAUGCUUCACACAAGCUGACUGUUAAGUAAGUCUGUUCACAGUCAACAAUGGUGUUGUGACCUGCUGUACUCUGCAACACGGUGAGAGGAGAGCCAGAGCUGCUGGACGAGUUGUUGUGUCACAUGUACAUGUUCAUGUAAGCAGUUUUUUUGCUUUUGUUUCUGUUAUCGCCACAAAAUGAAUUACAUGCUAAAUAAUUAAUUGCGUGAGAUGGAACUCGACAGGGCAAUACGUCCGGUUGGCUUUGUGUAUGUUUCUUAUCGAGAGUUCAGUUUUCAAGUCCUCUGGUUUUCCAUCAUCACAGCUGAUGUUUUCUUUCAAUAAAGGAGCGCACAAAGCACUGA